AGGCAGCAGCAGCUUUGAAUAUGACUACACCAUAAGGGACUCUCACAACAAAGCAGAGGAAGAAAUAGUAAUGGCUGUUCCUUAGCAUGCCUUUACACCGUUCUUACACAUUUAUUAACUUGAAAGAAGAAACCAACACUUCAAGUUAAUGCAUGAUUAUCAAACAAAGAGGCUUUCACUGAACAAGCUGACAGUAGAAGAUGUUAGGUGACAGUUCAGCUGCAGGUGGAUCGGGUGAGCUCGCCGAUGGAGAUGAUGGACUGAAGUCUUUGUGUGACACCGAGCAGCAGCAGGGGUUUGAACCGGUUGAGAGAGAGCUAAGCCUGACCCCUUCCUCCAAGUUUCUGCAGGCAGAACUGGAGCUGAACGCCCUCCUCAGCCGGCUCUCCUUCAGUGAGCCCGUCCGCUACAUCUACAACCCGCUGGAGUACGCCUGGGAGACACACCGCUGCUAUGUAGAGAGGUACUGUCAGGCCGGACAACAGAUCCUGUUUCUGGGGAUGAAUCCAGGACCUUUCGGCAUGGCACAGACAGGGGUCCCUUUUGGUGAAAUCAGGUCUGUUGUCGAUUGGCUGAAGAUCACAGGGGAGGUGGGUCAUCCACCCGAUGAGCAUCCAAAGAGGCAGAUCAAAGGACUCGCCUGCACCCAGAGAGAAGUGAGCGGCGCUCGUUUUUGGGGCUUUUUCAGGAAACUUUGUGGAGAACCAGCUCGAUUCUUCCAACAUUGCUUUGUGCACAACCUAUGCCCGCUCAUUUUCAUGAGUGUUAGCGGGAAGAAUUUAACCCCCCCUGAGCUGCCUAAAGGUGAGCGAGAGGCGCUCCUCGCCCUGUGUGACGUUGCACUAUGCAAGAUAGUGCAGGCGCUAGGUGUUUCCAUGGUGAUCGGUGUUGGGAGGGUGGCAGAGGAUAGGGCACGCCGAGCCUUGACUGCUGCAGGUGUCAGUGUGCGAGUAGAAGGUGUCAUGCAUCCAUCACCCAGAAACCCAAAGGCCAAUAAGGGCUGGGAGGAAGAAGCCAAAGCCAAACUGACAGAACUUGGAGUCAUGUCUCUGUUGAACGACAUGUAAGCUACUAAGGAGGAUGGGUAAGAGGCUUGGUUUUGAUAAACUUGCUGUUAAAAAAGUAGAGCCUCACAUUUAAUUUGGCAGUUCAGUUUGUUUAGCAGAAAGCACUCCAAGGAGAACAUGUUAUUCCAUUUCUCUCUGCCUUGUCAUAUUGAGAAUUUUAUUUUCAAACAACUACAUUACAGCUAAAAUAAUCUUUGAAUUCUAUACACUAAAAAAUAUACAGGCUAUAUAAAAGAAGACACUUACAGACCUACUGUAGCCUUUUGAUUGUGACAUUAUGGGGUUGAGAAAUAGAUUCUCCAAACCAUGUUUUGUGAAACAAGCUGCCUGAAGUCAGGCCAGUUUUCGCAGCUGUACUCUUCUACUACUGAGCCAUGCUGUUGUAAUAGGUGUAGGAUGUGGUUUGGUAUUGUCUCAUUGAAAUAUGGAAGGUUUCCCCUAUAAAAGGCAUUGUCGGCACUUGGCAGCACAUGUUUCUCCAAAACCUGUAAAUAUUACAUGUGUAAACUACCCAUGCCAUGGUCCAUCACCUAGCUGGCUUUACUUCUUAGAAUCUUUAUGGAAUACCCUUUUUAUACUCAUUCAUGUUAUUAACCUGCUGCAGAUCAACCUAAUCACUUGAGAGAUGUUUCUCCAGGUGGUUUUUUUUUUAGCAUUGCACAACUUUUUCAGUGUUUUGUUGUCUCUGCCUGAACUUCUUUUAAAAUUUGUUGCUGGCAUCAAAUUUAAAAUGGGCAUUUACGUUUUACAUGAAACAAUACAUUUUUCAGUUUCAACAUUUGAUAUGAUGUCUUGGACUAUUUGUAAUUUAAUAAAGGGUUUAAAUGAUUGGAAAACCAUCACAGUCUGUUAUUAUCAAAGUUUUACAGUGUCAAACUUUUUUUCUAACUGGAGUUGUAUUUGUUUUAUUUCUAAUAAAUCUCUGUCUGUCAU